AUGAACUACAAAGAAGCUUCUGCUGCUAGCGAGCCCUGCGCCGCGGGAGUGACCGAGGACUAUCUUCACCGUCCUCAAGUCGUGUUUCCCAAUAAGCGGCCCGCGAGGGUCUCCGAAGCCACCAACCUGACUCAAUACAGCUGCCCUCUGAGAUGUGUGCCCAAGGCAGCCUCGCUGAGCAUCAGCAGGCGACUGGCGAUAAACCCGAGGGAGGUACCCAAUGUGCGGCCACACCAGCGGGAGGCCGUGGCCGCCCUGGUGGACGUGGCCGCUGAAUCCUUCUUGAGCGGGUGCGUGGUGCUGCCGUGCGGGAGCGGCAAGACGCUGGUGGGCGUCCUUGCCGCCGCCACCAUGCGGCGCCGCACGUUGGUGGUGUGCGCUACACUGGAGCAGGUGGAGCAAUGGCGUCGGCAGCUGCUGCAGUGGACGCUGCUGACGGCAGAGCUGGUGUACCGGUGUGGCGCCGCUGUCCAGCGAGACGCUGCAGAGCUGGAGGGCGCUGCCGUGGUGCUGACCACCUACCACUGGCUCAGCAGCUCCCAGGAGGCGGUGGGCACCAACGCCUGUGAGCGGCGAGCCGUGCUGGCCAUGACCUACGGCCUGUUGCUGUUGGACGAGGUGCACAAGUUGCCAGCCGCCGUGUACCGUCACCUGCCUCACCGCGUCAGCAGCAGCUGGCGCGUGGGCCUCACAGCCGAUCUCUCCCGCGAGGCAGAAGAGGAACACGUCAUCUUGUCGAGCGUCGGGCCGGUGAGGGCACGGGCCAGCGUGUGCCGGCUGGUUCUCCUGAGGGUGAUCGCCCGUGUGGACGUAAUCCAGGUGGUGGUGCCGCUGGCAAGGGGCUUCUCAUGCGUGCUGCAGCACACGCCGGGCCGGCCCGACCUCCACCGCCUACUGCUGACACUCAACCCGUACAAGUUUUGUUACCUCCGUUCCUUGAUACAACUCGUGGAGCGCAGGAAGCGCCAGAAGCUCCUGGUCAUGUUCGAGGAGCUGCUGCACUUGCAGGUGUUCGCCAUGGCCAGCAGGCGCCUGUGGGCGUGCGGCGGUGACGGGAGGCGGGAACUCGUCGUGCAGAACUUCCAGCACUCGGCGACGCCUCAGACACUCCUGGUAAGUCGCAUCAGUGACACGGGGCUCGACGUGCCCGACCUGUCCUACUGUCUGCAGCUGGGCAGCCUGGGAGGCUCGCGCCAGCAAGAGGUGCAGCGAGUGGGUCGCGUGCAGCGGUACAAGCCAGACGGAAGAGGCUCAGAGUUCCACACGGUGGUGACAGCGUGGCCCAGCUGGCCUGAGCUGGAGUACAGCCGGCACCGCAACGCCCACCUGCGGCAGCAAGGUUACCAGCUGCGCUACGUGCAGGCUCGCACGGUGCUGCGGCCCAUUUCUGCGCGACAAAAUUCUUUGCUGGUCAAAUUUGGCCACGCGCUGGGCCGCAAACUCUCCUCGGAGCCCAAGGCCACCGUCAACGAGUGGAUCCUCAAAGUGUAUCCGCCAAUAUUGCGCGCACUACCCCACCAGGAGCUGUGA